AGAUCGUCACCUAUCGAAUGCGAAUGACAUCUACACAUACUCGAAAGAAGUAAAGGAGAAACACAGAGGUGAAAAACUCAACUUGAGUGGAAUGAGAAGUUAAGAACAAAGAGGGCGGGAGUCAUAAGGAGCUAAGAGAGGGAGAUCUGAAAGUGAUUUGAUCCCCAAACCCUAAGUACUAAGGGUUUCUUAACAAAUGGAGUACAGAAAAAUCAAAGACGAUGAGGAUAGGGACGCCGAUUUGAUUGAAGCUGAUGUGGGGAGCUUGCACGGGAAAUCUUUAACAGGGGUUUCUUUAAAUAACAAGAAUACAUUGGGAAGUAGCUUUGGUGAUCGGUCCAAGUGGAAAAUCAAGUCAAUUGUCACACUUGCGUUAACUCUCCUCACGAGUUCACAGGCAAUUCUGAUUGUCUGGUCUAAAAGGGCUGGGAAAUAUGAUUACAGUGUGACGACUGCAAAUUUUUCGGUGGAGGCAUUGAAAUGUGCUCUAUCACUCGCAGCUCUGGCAAGAACGUGGAAAAGUGAAGGUGUCACAGAGGAUAACAAGUUGAGUACAACAUUUAAUGAAGUCAUUUACUACCCCAUUCCUGCCGCACUUUAUCUUGUUAAGAAUUUACUUCAGUAUUACAUCUUUGCCUAUGUCGAUGCUCCGGGUUACCAAAUACUGAAGAAUUUCAAUAUCAUUAGCACCGGGGUGUUAUAUCGUAUCAUACUAAAGAAAAAGUUGAGUGAGAUUCAGUGGGCAGCUUUUAUUCUGUUAUGUGCUGGUUGUACUACUGCACAACUUGAUCCUUCUUCUGAUCAUGUUCUUCAAACUCCUUUCCAAGGAUGGAUAAUGGCCAUUAUCAUGGCACUUCUAAGUGGUUUUGCAGGGGUGUACACAGAGGCAAUAAUGAAGAAGCGUCUAUCAAGAAAUAUCAACGUGCAGAACUUUUGGCUGUAUGUCUUCGGCAUGCUCUUCAAUGCCAUAGCAAUUUUUGUUCAGGAUUUCGAUGCGGUCAUGAACAAGGGAUUCUUUCAUGGCUACACACUAAUUACUACAUUAAUGAUUCUCAACCAUGCACUAAGUGGUAUCGCUGUAUCAAUGGUUAUGAAGUAUGCUGAUAAUAUUGUUAAGGUCUAUUCUACUUCAGUGGCAAUGCUUCUCACUGCGAUUGUGUCAGUGUUUCUCUUUAACUUCCAUCUCUCCCUUGCAUUCUUCCUUGGUUCGAUGGUUGUAUCUGUAUCGGUCUAUCUGCACUCCAUAAGUAAGAUCCAGAAAUAGUUGUUUGUUGGUUAACCAAUUUUAGUGUCUUUUAAUGUAAAAUCUGUGGAAAUUCUUUUUCUGCUGUAAUUCUCUGCUUGUAAGUGAUUCAGUUUACAUUAUAUUCCAUUUACAUUAUUAUUUUUUGAGGUUA